AAGUGAAAGAUGAAAAUUUGAACCUUUUCAAUAUUUUCCACAGGGAAGAGAUUUCCAUCUUAAAAUAUUGUUGCCCAAAGAUUUGCAACUGAAGAAUGCAAGAUUACUAUGUAGUUGGCAGUUGAGGACAAUACUCAGUGGAUACCAUCAAAUAAUACAACAGAGAAUGAAGCACUCUCCUGAUCUGAUGAGCUUUAUGAUGGAGUUAAAGAUGGUUUUAGAAGUUGCUUUAAAGAAUAAACAAGAGAUACAUGCACUACCUCCUCCUCCCCAGUACUACUCAAGCCUUAUUGAAGAGAUAGGAAUUCUUGGUUGGGAUAAACUUGUAUAUGCGAAUUCUUGCUUCAAUACCAUAAAGUUAAAAGCUGAAGAUGCUUCUGGUAGAGAGCAUCUAAUCACUCUCAAGUUGAAGGCAAAGUACCCUGCAGAAUCACCAGAUUGUUUUGUGGAUUUUCCUGUUUCAUUUUCUGUUUCCCGGACACCACAGAGCUCCAUCAUAAGCAUUCAUGGUCAGUUUCUGGCAGCACUCGAAUCACUGAAGACAUUCUGGGACGUAAUGGAUGAAAUUGAUGAGAAGACUUGGGUCCUGGAGCCCGAGAAACCUACACGGAGUGCAACCGCACGUAGAAUUGCACUAGGGAAUAAUGCUUCAAUACAUAUAGAGGUGGACCCCAGACAUCCUACUAUGCUUCCUGAGUGCUGCUUUCUUGGAGCUGACCAUGUGGUGAAACCCCUGGGAAUUAAGCUGAGCAGAAACAUACAUUUGUGGGAUCCAGAAAAUACUCUUUUGCAAAAUUUAAAAGAUGUUUUAGAAAUUGAUUUUCCAGCUCGUGCUAUCCUGGAAAAAUCUGAUUUUUCUAUGGAUUGUGGAAUCUGCUAUGCCUAUCAACUUGAUGGUGCCAUUCCUGAUCAAGUGUGUGAUAAUUCCCAGUGUGGACAGCCUUUCCAUCAAAUAUGCUUAUAUGAGUGGUUGAGAGGACUACAGACUAGUAGACAGAGUUUUAACAUCUUGUUUGGUGAAUGUCCAUAUUGUAGUAAGCCAAUUACCUUGAAAAUGUCUGGGAGGAAGCCCUGAAAUAAGAAUUUUAACAUUUCUGUGAAGAACUGGAACUUGAAAAACUGCCAAAAAGAUUUUGUUUGAUACAUUCAGAG